CAUGAUGCACAACUCGAUUAUUAUGGGAAGAGAUUAGCAACUUGUUCUUCUGAUCGUUCUAUUAAAAUAUUCGAAAUUGAAGGAGAAAAUCGUCAGGAAAUUGUGACAUUGAAAGGACACGAUGGACCUGUGUGGCAGGUCGCUUGGGCUCAUCCGAAAUUUGGAAGUAUAUUAGCCUCAUGUUCAUAUGAUAGUAAAGUUAUUAUUUGGAAAGAACAGAAGGGUUCUUGGAAAAAGAUCAAGGAAUAUACAGGGCAUACAGCUUCUGUGAAUUCUGUGUCUUGGGCACCUCACGAACUUGGACCAAUCCUAGCUUGUGCUUCUUCCGACGGGAAAAUAUCAGUGCUCACCUUCAAAGACGAUGGUUCAUGGGACGCACGUACUUUUGAAGCACACACCAUCGGUGCUAAUUCGGUCAGCUGGGCUCCAGCGACAAUACCAGGAGCAUUAGUUCAAAUCACUGGUGGUGCGCCUAAUGUGAAUGUUACCAAGAGAUUUGCAUCAGCAGGCU